CUGUACGCCAGUUGUUUCGACGCAAACGCCGGACUCUUCGAAGCGCUCCUAUCGGCUGAAGACGCCAUCAUUUCCGAUGAGUUAAACCACGCGUCCAUUAUUGAUGGCAUCCGAUUGAGUAAAGCCCAGAGAUUUCGGUAUAAACACAGAGAUAUGAAUGAUUUGGAGGACAUUCUCAAGAAUAAUCAAAAGGCGAGGAAUCGGUUGAUAGCAACGGAUGGUGUGUUUAGUAUGGAUGGAAAUGUGGCGCCACUUAACAAGAUCUAUCAAUUGGCCCAAAAAUACAACGCUAUUGUAUUCGUGGACGAGUGUCACAGCACCGGCUUCUUCGGCAAUACAGGCCGCGGCACCGAAGAGUUCUUCAAUUUGAGCGGUAAAAUCGAUAUAAUAAACUCAACUUUGGGUAAAGCCCUGGGAGGCGCCGCCGGAGGCUAUACUACGGGCAACAAAGAGCUGAUAGAUCUAUUGCGCCAAAGAUCGCGACCCUAUCUGUUCUCCAAUUCAUUACCGCCAGCAGUGGUCGCCUCCGCCUCCAAAGUAUUUGAUUUAUUGACACAAAGCUCUGCGUUAACCGAAAGAGUCAAACGAAACACAACUGUCUUCAGGACUGAAAUGAAAAGUUUUGGUUUCAAUAUUUUGAGUAAUGCGGAAGUGAUCAGCGCCGGGAAGGAUGCGCUCGACAAAUAUGGUUCGGGUUUGAGUUCCGUCCGCUUUAUUUGCGGCACUCAAGACAUACACAAAGCACUUGAGGCCAAAAUCGCCAAAUUUCACGGCCGAGAGGACGCCAUUCUGUACGCCAGUUGUUUCGACGCAAACGCCGGACUCUUCGAAGCGCUCCUAUCGGCUGAAGACGCCAUCAUUUCCGAUGAGUUAAACCACGCGUCCAUUAUUGAUGGCAUCCGAUUGAGUAAAGCCCAGAGAUUUCGGUAUAAACACAGAGAUAUGAAUGAUUUGGAGGACAUUCUCAAGAAUAAUCAAAAGGCGAGGAAUCGGUUGAUAGCAACGGAUGGUGUGUUUAGUAUGGAUGGAAAUGUGGCGCCACUUAACAAGAUCUAUCAAUUGGCCCAAAAAUACAACGCUAUUGUAUUCGUGGACGAGUGUCACAGCACCGGCUUCUUCGGCAAUACAGGCCGCGGCACCGAAGAGUUCUUCAAUUUGAGCGGUAAAAUCGAUAUAAUAAACUCAACUUUGGGUAAAGCCCUGGGAGGCGCCGCCGGAGGCUAUACUACGGGCAACAAAGAGCUGAUAGAUCUAUUGCGCCAAAGAUCGCGACCCUAUCUGUUCUCCAAUUCAUUACCGCCAGCAGUGGUCGCCUCCGCCUCCAAAGUAUUUGAUUUAUUGACACAAAGCUCUGCGUUAACCGAAAGAGUCAAACGAAACACAACUGUCUUCAGGACUGAAAUGAAAAGUUUUGGUUUCAAUAUUUUGGGUGACGAUCAUCCCAUUUGCCCCGUUUUUAUCGGUGACGCCCGACUGGCCACUAAUUUUGCUGAUCAAAUGCUCGAGAAUGGCAUUUAUGUGAUUGGAUUCAGUUAUCCAGUGGUACCCAAAGGAAAGGCCAGAAUUCGGGUUCAAAUAUCUGCCGCACAUUCCGAUGAAGACAUCAAGAAGACAAUCGACGCCUUCGUUAAAGUCGGACGAAAAUUGCAAGUAAUUUAAUGCAAAGUAUAAAUGAGUUUGAAUUUUCAGGUAAACUCUCCAUAUGAAACUAUUUUAUAAUUAAACAUCAAUUGUUUGCAUUUCAAGUUUACGUUAAAUAUAGUGUUAAUUAUAAGAUAUUUGAUAUAUUUCUCUAAUUACAGUCAAAACAC